AUGGUAGCGGGUCUCCGUGGGAGGGGUCGUUUCCUUGGUGCACUGUGGAGGGCUGAAGGCGGCAGUGGCGAGCAUACUGAUAUGAACACAGCUGCGCCGCUACUGGCCCGACUGUGGGGCGGCAACAUAACACAUGAUACCGCCAUUGAGCUGAAGAAGGCUGUGAAGUAUUCGCCCUCGAAAGACGGCUCUUGUCCACGCAGAAAUGCUGGCAAGAGGGUGCAGGGCGAGAAGGGGAUCGCUGGCAACACGCUGGAUCAGGUGGCUUCCUUCUUGGGCACGGGUCAUGGCCUCGUUGUGAUCUGUCCCUGGUUCGACAAGAGCACUGGGGGAACUCCGUCGUCGAGUGAAGAGCUGGUGGUGCGAGAAUGGCUACGCUCCCGUAUUAUAAGCGAAGGCAAAGGCAGCACCUUGUUCGUGGGAGGCACUGAUGAUAUUCUCAUUGCUGUCCACAUAAGACGCGGGGAUCUACUCGAUCGUCAGCAACACCGUAUGACUCGCAACCACUUCUUCGCGAAAACCGUGGCGCAUAUACUUACCCAACUUGCGCCUGAUAGCUCAGCUCAGGUCGUUGUUGUUAGUGAGACCUGGCGAGAAGGCGAUCACGAGUGUAGUCGAAAGAAGAAGCUUUGCAACCACUUAGGCCAAUCAGUGGACUUCGAGGUCUCUCUACGAAAGCAAGUCGCUGAUCUCGGUCGCGACUUUCCUGGCAGGUGGCGAGUCAGUGUCUAUCUCGACGCGGACACAGCGCGGUCCUUCCUCACAUUGGUCGCGGCAGAUUUGGUGGUUCUGUCGAAUAGUGGUUUUAGUGCAUGGGCUGGGCUAUUGAGCACAGGUAUUGUCCUCUACCCCGCUGACGCCAAGGCCCAAAGUGUCAUGCGGCGUAUGGCUUCCGAAGCCGUCAGCCCCAUACCUAUCCGUUUGACAGAUGCAUGGGACCAAGAGAGUGUGGCAGGGGAGUGGUCGCGGUAUCAGAAAUGCCCGGCCAGGCAUCGGAUUCGUAAUGCAGUUGUGAGAUGA